CCCGACAGCCCAGAGCUCCUCACACACACACACACUCACUCACUCACACACUCACUCACUCACUCACACCCUCCUCCCAGCUCACCUCCUCCCACCCCCACCAUGGCUGACGCCUGCUGCUCCGGGGCCUGUGUUCCAGCUGCGUCCACCAUGUCCAUCUGCUCCAGUGACAGGAGCUAUGGCAGCCGAACCUGCCUGCCCAGCGCUUAUACCGGCUCCUCCUGGGAGGUGGACGACUGCCCUGAGAGCUGCUGUGAGCCUCCCUGCUGCACCUCUACUUGCUGCCAGCCCACCUGUGCCCCCACCUGCUGUGUCCCGGUCCCCUGUCUAACCCUCAUCUGCACCCCUGCGGCCUGUGGGUCCAGCUCCUGCCAAUCAGUCUGCACCAGCUCCUGUGAACCCUCCUGCUGCCAGCAGGCUAGCUGCCAGCCUGCAUGCUGCACACCCUCCCCCUGCCAGCAGGCCUGCUGUGUACCUGUCUGCUGCAAGCCUGUCUACCGCAAGCCCGUCUGCUGUGUGCCAGCCUGCUGUGGGACUGCCCACUGCUGUGUUCCCUCCUGCUGCCAGCAGUCUAGCUGCCAGCCUGCAUGCUGCACACCCUCCCCCUGCCAGCAAGCCUGCUGUGUGCCUGUCUGCUGCAAGCCUGUCUGCUGCAAGCCUGUGUGUUGUGUACCCAUGUGCUCUAGGGCCACCCCCUGCCGAUCCUCCACAUGCUGCCAGCCCCUUCCCUGCACCCCCUCCUGCUGCAAACCCUCUUCCAGUGUGUCCGUCAUCUGCCGCCCCGUGUGCAAGCCCACCUGCUGUGUGCCCACCUCCUCCUGCUGUGCCCCCAUCUCCUCCUGUGUGUCCCUGCUCUGCCACCCUGUGUGCCCCCGCCCAGCCUGCUGUGGCCCCUCAUCUGGGCAGACAUCCUGCUGCUGGUCAGGAUCAUCCCCCAGGGCCAAAUAGGCAGCAUGAGCUAUCUCCACCCUGCUGGCCUCACAGCACCUUCAAGAUUUAACCCCGCACAAGCUUUGGUUCGAGGCUCAGUGUGAAGGUUAGCUGACCUCAUACCCCAGCAACCACCAUUCAGCCCAUCUGACUUCUCAC